AUGAUUGAUGAAGAAGCGAAUAAAGCUCGUUUCAUACUUCAUGUCUUCGUACUUUUCAACCCAUUUGUGCCACACGUCCUGUUUUCUUCUGACGUUCUUAUCCACAAAGUUAAUUAUAAGAGCAGCGAAAUUAUUCUACAUGAACAAGUAGCUUCUGUAUUGGACGAUGUGCUUUCACGGUCUCAAGGAAGGAAGCAAAAGUCCAACUUCUCGAAAAGCUCGACCAAUGCCGCAGACAAGGAAUUAGCGAAGAAGAACAAAGCUGCUAAAGAUACUAGAUUAACCACGAACCUUCCUGACGAUGCUGCGGUGCACUUUGGAAACUUUUAUGAUAUCCAAAAAAAAUCGAACAAGCCACGAGCUGGCAGAGUGAGAAGUCUUUUGGAUUCUACUAGUCCAUCAUCAACUAGCUACAAACCAACGCCGAGACUAGAAUUCACCAGGCAGAUGGUACAAAAACUGGAACGAACAGCUGGUACGAAGGAAUACGCGCGACAAGUGUCAGCCUUAUUGGAGGAGACGGUCGAACCGGCGCAUUUCAAGCUGCAUUCAUUGCCGACCGAGAAUUCGAUUCCGGAUGGAAGAUACAAUCCCACGGGAUUCCCGCUCUGGUACAAGGAACCUUAUAAAAUGCCGUUCGCCUCGGACGAGGUUUACAAACUUCUCAAGGAGAGGUUGGAUAACGCCGAGGAAGGGAAGGCGAGAGAUAUUUUCAAAGAGGAUUCUUCUGAGAGAAGUUCAUUGGAAGAAUGGAGCGAAGACGAAGAAGCAGGGUAUGGAGAAAAUUUCCAAGACGACGGAGCGAUAAGCUUUCUAACGAGAGAAAGAUCUUCGAUGAAUUUACUGUCUAAUGGAUCGUCUUCUGUAACAGAAGCGAAGGACACGGACUCCAAGGAAAGCAAUCAAAUACUUCUCGAUAAGAAACCAAGCAAAUUAGUCUCGUUCUAACAACGCUAAACUGUAAAGUGGUGUUGCUCGUGAGUACGUGAAAAAUAAAAAGCAAUUCUGAAUAUAAAUAGAAA